AGGAAACAAAAAAAAUUGCAAAAAGAAAGCAACACUCCCUAUUCUCAACAAUGGCCGAAAGUGGCAGCUCAAGUUCAAUUCCGAAGCCGAGGUGUUCUCUGGGCACCAUGGAUGAGGUGAGGCUGAUCUUUAACAAGUAUGACGUGAAUGGCGACGGCAAAAUCUCCUGCGACGAGCUGAGGCAAACCCUGUGCACGCUCGGCCCGACGGCAGCCACCCCUGAGGAGGCUAGGCGCAUGCUGUCGGAGAUCGACAGGGACGGGGACGGCUUCAUCGACCUCAAUGAGUUCGCCGAGUUCUUCACGCGGGGGCCGGGCGGCGGCGGCAGCGACGAGGAGCAGCAGGAGCUCAAGGAGGCGUUCGACAUAUACGACCUCGACAAGAGCGGGCGGAUCUCAGCGAAGGAGCUGCACGCGGUGAUGAAGAAGCUCGGGGAGAAGUGCUCGCUGAGCGAUUGCCGGAGGAUGAUCAGCUCCGUCGACAGGGACGGAGACGGCGAGGUCAAUUUCAACGAGUUCAAGGCCAUGAUGACAAGGUCAAGCCUUUCUGAUUCUAACAAGUGAUCGUAACUCGAAUGCAUGGACAUGGAGCAAACCCUUUCUGUCCUAUUUCUUCUUCAGUCUUAUUUUUUAGUCAUUAGCUAUUCUGUGGGAGAGAAUAUUCGCAAAUCUCCUCGUGAUUGAUUUGGGUUUA